GAUUCCACGAAUAUUCCCUCGAAACGGUGGCUCAGCUCAUCCGGCCAAAUCUCGCGGCUGAGACCAACCACUUCUGGCUCCCGCGUUAGCCUCACCCGAGAUAGAUAUUUGGCACCGUUUCGCUCGCUCACCACCAGCGAAAGGAAAGGAACCAAGCCGGUGGCGGAAAAAUUGGAGGCGCAGCCGCGGAAAGGACUCGUGGCGCAGCGCCGGGAGACCACGGGCCACGACGGCGGCAAGUACCUCCCUCCUCUCCCCUGCUUUUCUUGGCCGGCAACAGACUGCUCCCUCCUCCCUCGACUCUCUAUCUGUCCACAAGGGAUGGGUGGCUUGGGAUGUGUUGGGCGCCGGGGGAGAGGCCCGUGAUUGGGGCCGGGGAGAGGGCUGCGGAUGGUCGCCAUGGAGGGGCGACGAGGGUGCAGGCUGCUCCCUCCUCGCUUGGGUCUACUCUUGCUCAGUACACGUCGAGGAAGGGGAUAGGUCAUGGGGGAGGGGCGAUUGCCAGGGAGGGCUCGACCAGGGAGGUGCCUCGGAUGGGCGACGAGGCUAGGCCUGGAGUGGUCGCAUCUUUUCUUUCUCUCUCUGUAUGUAUACAUAUCUCUUUACAUUGAUCCUUUAUCAUUUUGCACAGGUGUACUAGCAGAUCAACGACCUAGUAGUUGAAGGAGCAGAAGUAUAUUAUCAACUAUGGCAUGUAAUAGUUUCAGUUAGACUAAGUUUAAUAUAUUGUUGACUUGUUUUAUUAUUGUAGUGGUAAUCUCACCAUACAAGCAAAAAGGUCACCGUUACGCCAUAUCCAUCCCUCAUCCCUCAUCCCAACCACAUUUUAUUUUACCAACCAAACAAAAAAGUGGCUCAUCCUUCACACUCAACCAAACAGAAAAAAUGGCUAUCCCUAACCAGGUGGUUGGGGGUGCCCUCAUCCCCUAAAGGAUACCCCCUGAACCAAACAGCCCCUAAGCCUUUCCCGCAAGAAGUUUACGUAGAUGUAGCAUUAUUGUUUUCUUCUUCUUCUUUACCGCCUGAAACGAGUCCGACUUGCCAUGUGAUUCCGUCGUUCGGGAGGCAGCGCGAUAGAGCGUUCCGCCGUCCACGCAAAAGCUGCCUGGAAACGUAUCCGACUCUGCCUGCUUCUCUCGUUCGGGAGGCACCGUGGUACGUACCAAACGGAUAUUAUGGAAUUCGAGUCGGAUUGGAGAUCCCUGCUUCCCGCUAUAUAAGCGUACAUACUAGACGAUAGAGGUACGGAGCUACAGAGGCAAGAGCGUGCGUAGAGAUUGUGUUCUUGUUGGAGAUCUGUCAAGACUAGAGAGGUGCGACGUACGCUGCCUUAGCUUUCGAUCAUAAUGGGAUCCGCACAGUCGGCCGAGAGGGUGAUGCCGGAGCAAGUCGUGCACGACCUGCACCGCGAGGAUCAGAUUCUACAGGAACGCUCGAUGUGCGGGUGUGGCAUGCAAUCAACUCGCCAGCGCACCGAAGAGGAGCGCGAUGCAUCCAUCAUUUGCCAUGUCCACCAUGCUCUGCGCCAUUACAACGCCAACCACGAGGGUUUGGACUUUGUGCCUGUCAAGCCUUUGAUGGCUGCGUACGUAGGUUUCAGAGGCCACAUUUGGGCCCACGUUAGCUUCCUCGCUCGCAGGAGUGGCAAACCCGUCACGCACUUCUUCGCUGAGCUACGCUACGACUACAACUUUGGCACACCAACUGUUGAAACAUGCACCAUCGUCGAUAAAUCAUUGCGCCACAGCCACUUGAGUACCGCGUGUACGUUUUGCCCCAAAAGCUUUGAAAUUCUGCACCCUCUCGAUGGAAAAUUCAUGUGCGGAAAGAAGAGCCAAGCAAACAAAGAGCAAGGUUUCUAUCAUUUCAUGAAUCUACUUGAGAAACCGUACACAUGCUCCACGAAAAGUGAUGAUGCCAAGGAGGACAUGGGCGUGGCAAUUCUGGAGGAGAAACAUAGCAUCCUGAGCUGGACCUGCCGCCCCUAUGAUUUUUGCCGUAAUUUCAUAUCAAGGUUUUUUUGGGCCUUUGAUGCAAAGCUUAAGGCGCGAGUCUAUGGCAAACCUACGCAGGAAAUCAAUGUAACGGGUUAAUGUUAGAUCCACACCUACUAAAGUUGUGAAGAAAUGGUAAACGCUAAUUUAGUGAAGUAUUUGCAGAUGUUUGUUGGUGU